CCCAACAGGCUCCUGAUGUCAGAGGAGACGGAUGUUCUAUAUAUACUGUAUGUAUGUAUGUGAUAUCACCUGGCUUCCUCUUGACAGAUUAGCAGUAUUCUAUCCAAAUUAAAUUGAUCAAUGUCUCAGACAUGUAUUUGUGUUAUGCACCAGGUUGAUAAUGGAUUUAACCAUCACAGUGUGACAGAUCAGUGUAAUAAAGUUAUCUCAUUAGGUGAAUAGGUGGCAGGAAUGUGUGGUGAAUCCAAUAGAGCCUCCUGUCCUGUCAACUUAAGCCAAGUCAUGAGACCUGAAUGACAACUAACUUGGUUAAGAAGACAAGGCCUGUGGCGUGAUUGUUGUCUGUUUUGCAUCAAACCCUCCCUUGAUUUGGUCUUUGAGUUGGUGAUAUAAUGGAGUUUCGGAGGACUUAUGGUUUACUUUAUUCACAGGUUGUCCUGUUAUUACUUUGAUCCAUAUGGGUUUGAGCUGGACGCAAUGCUGGAAAGAGGAGUUCAAGGAGGAGCUUUCCCUGACCAAACUCCACCUUUCGCUCUCUAGACCGGAGCUCCUGCUGCAGCCACAGUGGGGUAUAGCACCUUGGGUCUGGUCGCUGUACAGGGUCUUCAUGUUGCUCUACACCCUGAUUUGGUGUAUGUACUCUGGCCUGCUGUUCUCCAAUCCCAAGUGGCUCAUCUUCUUCAGCCACCUGACCUACUGCCUGAUCGUGGUCUACCACCUGGUGGCUUCCUGUAACCUGGCCUGUGCCAUGGUCCUAGUCAGGUGCCACUGCAGGGACCACAGAAAAACCUGCUCUGGAGGGGACCAAACUAGAGAGCGUGGAAACAGAGCAGAGCCCUUGGGUCCUUUCCCCCUCCCCUCUCUCCUCUCCAUCUCCCUGAGACUGCAGUGGUUCCUCCAGAGCCUGAUGUGUGCCUUCUGCCUCACUGUGUCCUUCCUCUACUGGAGCCUCGACUACCCCAUGGAGCACCACCCUCUGUCCCCAUUCAACCUCAACAUGCACGUGGGAAAUUCUGGCCAGGCCCUGCUGGACCUCCUCCUAUCAGCCACGCCCAUCCACCUGGCCCACUACCUCUACCAGCUCCUCAUUGGCUGCCUCUACAUCCUGUUUGCUGUGGUCUACUGGCUGGCUGGCUACACCAACCUCAGUGGGAAGCCCUACAUCUACAAGGUACUGGACUUUGGAGGGUGCCCCUUGUUGGCCGCUCUGUGUGUGCUUGGCUUUGCUCUGGUCUGCCUGCCCAUCUGUCACUUCCUGGUGUGGAACGUGCAACUGCUGAGGAGGCAGCUGGCGGGCAGGGUAAGGGGAGAGAGGCUGGGGCUGUGCAGAGAGGCUUGGCGGUGGAGGGUGGGGGGAGGGGGCAGUCCGGUGCCGGUCUCGCUCAUGGACCCGUCCUCCUCAGUGUUCACCCCCAGGAGGAGGGGAGAGGCCCGGGGUGAUGGGGCCACUCAGACCCUGCUCUCAUCCACCACCAGUACUCUCUACAGUGCUGUCACUGUCUACCUCUGA